UGAGGUUGCUGGACGCUGCCCAGUUGAAGCUGUACCACGAUGUGAUGCUGGAGAACUUCAGGAACCUCCUGGCUGUGGGAAGCCAGAGUUCAAACAAGAGAGAGACUCUUCAUGUGACAGGAGUAAGGUGCCUUUCCCUGGGGAGGCGUCCAUGCUGUCAAAUGACAAGCCAUGAUGUCAACAAACUGGCCAGAACUGUAGAAGGCAUAACAAGGCAAUCCCACUUCCUAGAGCAAUGCCACCGGAGAGCAGGACAGUCUCCCUGGGCCUCUGAAAAGGAUGGCUCUCUUGAGAGUCUCACAAGCAACCAUUCCAGUAUUACUGAAAAUCAAGAAUUUCCGUCUGAGAGAGCUCCGAGUUCUUCAAGUAAAACACAUCUUAGGGAGAGACGUGACCAUGGGAAACACUGUCCUCAGACUCUGGUGAAAACUAAGUCUCAGCUGUUGGCUCUGGGUGUUGACAUUCUGAGUUUCAUUUCCCAUCAAGAUAACAAUGUAUUGCGUAAAAGAGGCAAAGUCCACCGCAGCGGUGACUGUGAUGAAGUCAUUGAUCCUGUGUCCUCCCUCACCCAGUCUCCUAUUUACACGGAACAGAAGGCCUACCAGUGCAGCAAGGGCCAAGAAGCCUUCACUGACUGCUCCAGUCAGGAGAGUCAUCAGCAGGCCCUCUUAAGAAACAAGUCCCCUGUACAUAGUACACACAAGGAUACCAGUCAUAGCUCCAGUGUCACCAUUCAACAAAGUGUUCAUCCAAGAAGAAAGCGCUACUCAUGUCGCCAGUGUGGCAAGGCUUUCCAUCAAAGGUCAGCUCUUCAGACUCACCAGACUGUGCACACUAGGGAGAAGCCCUACCAGUGCGACAGCUGUGGGAAGGGCUAUAGCCGCCGUUCAUAUCUCAACGUCCACCGCCGAGUUCACACAGGAGAGAAACUUUACAAGUGCGAGGUGUGUGGGAAAGGCUUCACAAAGUGGGACCACCUCCAGAUACACGGGAGAAUUCACACGGGAGAGAAGCCCUAUAAGUGUGGAGACUGUGGCAAACGCUUCAGCUGCAGCUGGAACCUUCACACCCACCAGAGAGUCCACACUGAGGAGAAACCAUACAAGUGUGACGAGUGUGGAAAAUGCUUCAGUUUGAGCUUCAACCUCCACAGCCAUCAGCGGGUCCACACAGGAGAGAAGCCAUAUAAAUGUGAAGAGUGUGGGAAGGAUUUCAGUUCAGCCUCAAGCUUCCAAAGACACCAGCGGGUCCAUACAGGGGAGAAGCCGUUUGUCUGCAGUGUCUGUGGAAAGGGCUUCAGUCAGAGCUCGAAUUUUCAGGCCCACAAGAGAGUUCACACCAGGGAAAAACCAUACAAAUGUAAUGUGUGUGGGAAGUGUUUUACCUGGAGCCUUCACAAUCACCAGAGGGUCCACACAGGAGAGAAACCAUAUAUGUGUGUGGAGUGUGGGAAAGGCUUCAGUCACGCUUCAAGUCUGCAGACUCAUCAGAGUGUCCACACAGGCAAGAAACCAUUCAAAUGCAAGGUGUGCCAGAAGCGAUUCAGUCAGUCCUCAAUCCUCCAGGACCACGAGAGGGUGCACACUGGGGAGAAGCCUUACAAAUGUGACACGUGUGGAAAAGCCUUCAGCCAGAGGUCUGGUCUCCUAGUCCAUAGGAGAAUUCACACUGGAGAGAAGCCAUUCAAGUGUGAAAAGUGUGGGAAGGAAUUCAGAUGGAACUCAGGGCUUAGUUCCCACCUGAGGCUCCACACAGGAGAGAAAUCUACACGUGUCAGCAGUGUGAGAAGGACUUCACACAGGCCUCACACUUCCACACACAUCUGAAAAUCCACACCAGGGAGAGAACCUAAAUCUGCAACAUGAGGUGUAAGGGCUUCAGUCAGAGAUCACAUCUAAUCUACCCCCAGGGGGUCCACACUGCAGCAGGCGGCUACACUGCAGGGAACCCCUAGGUUUGUUCUGCAGUCAGGUGGGCUCUAUGCUGCUGGUUGUUAAAGGCUCACCAAACCCAGAGGUUUCAGGAGAUACUUUAUUUUGGUAUUUUGCCCUCAACUCAUUCUCCUAUCCAGCUCAUUAUGAAAAAGGAAGAUAGUGGUUGAGAAUGGACCUUCUUAGCGCACACAUAAAAACACUAGAGGCAUAUGUAGCGAAGGAUUCUGAUUUAAUUAUAAAAGGAAGAAUUGUCAAUUGUCAGGAAUAAAACCAACAGAAAAUCAUAGUGAUUCAAACUAAUGCUGAGAUUGUUUCAUUAUGGGUAACCAAUAAAAAUUAGCCAAGAGCUUGUAUCAACUAUA